CAGGCUAAUCUGGUGGCGUUCGUACUGUUUUGGCAGGGGAAACGGGCCUGAGGAUAGAAUCCCUUGUCCAGAAUUCACGACACAGGUAGGUUUAUUUAAUGUUACUUGAAUUUUACCUUGUUGUUUGAGCAUGAGAGUAAUCGGUGAGACGUGAUUCUUCUGAUAGGCCGUUGAGUGUACUAUUCUGAUUACGAGAAUUGUUAUGAGCUUACUGGUGUUUCUGUUGUAUUGUGAACUCUGUUGAGAAUAGGCCACCUAGAAUAUCUAGGCGGAUGAGAACUAAAUUGAAUAUCUAGAACACCAAUAGGACUUGUUAGGUUCGGGCCAUGUGGAGCAUGUUUGCAUAUCCAGUGGCCAAGGGUUCAAAAUGUACGCACGAGAGUCACUGUCUUACCUUUGGGAUUCCUUAGUAUGGACUCCAACCCGCCAAUUGAGGAUCCUUUUUGGGUUUGUUUGAGCAUUGGCAUUGAGGGAUCCGCUCCAUCGCUUGUAACUCGAGUCUAUUGAUCUAAGCCUUACUUUGAACAAUAAUGUUGUCUAUUUACAUAUACUGUUGUUUCCUGAUUGUGUAUGAAUGUGGUAUCUAUGAAUUAAUUCUAGCGUUAGAUAUAUUCUCACUUAGCUUUCAGCCGAGCAUGCAGUCUUUGUCUUUGGUAUUUUGUUGAAGCUACUCCCGGAGGGCAACAAGACGGAAGGGGAUGUUCUGGAUGGUGAAUUGUUAGUCGCUAAUGGACUGAUUUGUUCUAAUGAUAAGGCUGUAACAGAAGUUCCAGCUCAAGAAACACAAACAACAAUGGAGGAGAAGACGAAAAACAAGCUAUUGCUGGUCCUUUAUGCUUCACAGACUGGAAAUGCAAUCGACGUUGCUGAAAGAUUGGGCCGCGAAGCUGAGCUUAGAGGCUGUCCUGCACUAGUAUUAUCAGUCGACGAGUAUGAUCCUGCUUCACUGCCCAACGAGGAGAUUGUAAUUUUUGUUGUUUCAACUACUGGUCAAGGCGACACUCCAGACUCCAUGAAGGUGUUCUGGAGGUUCUUGUUGAAACGCAGUCUCAGCCAAAGUUGGCUUAAAAAUGUUAAGUAUGCUGUCUUUGGAUUGGGUGAUUCUGGGUAUCAGAAAUAUAAUUAUGUUGCGAAGAAGCUUGAUAAGAGACUCUUGGAUUUGGGUGCCACUCCCGUUAUUGAAAAAGGUCUGGGAGAUGAUCAGCACCCUUCAGGGUAUGAAGGAGCUUUUGACCCUUGGAUGUCUUCUUUAUGGAAUGUGUUGCACCAAAGUAAUCCAAUGAUAUUCCCAAAUGGUCUAGAAUAUGAGAUAUCAUAUUCAAAGCUCAGGGAACAACCUAAAAUAAAUGUUACAUAUCAUGAUGCUAAUGAUACUGAUGUCAGUACUCGGCCAUUUUCAAUGCUUGCAGGAGUUACAGUUGCAGAUCUGAAUUCUAUUGAGGUGCAAAUUGGAAGAGCUCGCUCAAUGUCACCUGGAACACUUUCUGAAAAAAUUCACCCUGAUUGCUUUCUUAGAAUGGUAAAAACUGACCUGUUAUGUAAAGCAGGCUGUGGGAAAGAUGUACACCACCUUGAGCUUGAACCUGUUUCAUUGUCAAUCCAAUAUGAAGUUGGUGAUGUGCUUGAGGUUCUACCUGGACAAAGUGCUGCUUCAGUGGAUGCUUUUAUAAAGCGUUGCAAUUUGAACCCUGAUUCGUACAUCACAGUGCAUCCCAGAGAUAAAGACCAAAAGCUUUUUGAUACUUCCAAAUGUUCUCAAAUGCUCCCGGUAAAGCUAAGAACUUUUGUAGAGCUCACUAUGGACAUUUCAUCAGCCUCUCCUCGACGUUAUUUCUUUGAGAUCAUGAGUUAUUUUGCCACAUCUGAGCAUGAGAAGGAGAGACUUCAGUAUUUUGCUUCACCUGAAGGAAGAGAUGAUCUGUAUCAGUACAAUCAGAAGGAAAGGAGAACUGUACUGGAGGUACUGGUUGAUUUCCCUUCAGUUCAAAUGCCAUUUGAAUGGUUAGUUCAACUCGUACCUCCAUUAAAAACAAGGGCCUUUUCCAUCUCUUCAUCACCUUUAGUUCACCCUAACCAAGUACAUCUAACCGUAAGCGUAGUCGCAUGGACAACACCCUAUGGAAGGAAGCGUAAAGGUCUUUGCUCAUCUUGGUUAGCUGGACUUGAUCCUCAACAAGGAGAACUCAUACCGGCAUGGUUCAGUAAAGGCUCUCUUCCUCCUCCACCGCCUUCACUUCCUCUCAUUCUUGUUGGGCCUGGGACAGGGUGUGCGCCUUUGCGUGGAUUCAUAGAGGAAAGAGCUCUCCAAAGCCAAUCCGGCAACAACACUGCUCCAGUUAUCUUCUUCUUUGGUUGCAGAAACGAGGAAAACGAUUUCUUGUACAGAGAUUUUUGGCAAUCUCAUUCGCAGAGUGGCAAAGUUCUCUGUGAAGAGCAAGGAGGAGGCUUCUUUGUUGCCUUCUCCAGAGACCAACCCCAGAAGGUCUAUGUGCAGCACAAAAUGAGAGAGCAGAGCGUAAAGGUGUGGAAUCUGUUGGCUGAAGGGGCCGCUGUCUAUGUCGCCGGCUCUGCAAGUAAAAUGCCUUCGGAUGUUCUUUCUGCUCUGGAGGAAAUCGUGUCGGAAGUUACCGGGGAAUCUAGGGAGACCUCUAUGAGGUGGCUUCGGCGUUUGGAGAGGGAGGGUAAAUACCAUGUUGAAGCCUGGUCUUGAGCUCUCCUCUCAUGUCCUCUUUUUUUGACAUCUAUUUCCUAGUGUAUUACUCCGUAUUAGUUUUACACUUUUACUCCUGUUGUUACUCCUCUCCAAUUUUGGUUUGGAGAGGCUGUUGGGUA